AUGUACAGUUACUUGGACGAAGAGAAACGAGGAACGAUUCUGAUGCAAGAAAAUGCAAUGGGUAGUGAAGGCAGCAGGACAUCGCUCUACCUUUCUCCAAAAUGUCAUGCAAUGUCAUGCAUGCUACUUUCUUUGCGCAGGUUCGCCAUAGCUGACGGCCGCGUUACGUACCAGAACCGCUUCCUGCAGUCGCAGACCUUCCGGCGCAACGCAGCAGCGCGACGCAUCGUCGUCACAGAGUUCGGCACCCGCGCGGUGCCCGACCCCUGCCAGAGCAUCUUCCAGAGGUAA